AUGAGAUUUACUAAGAGUGCAUUGCUAUGUGCCGCUUUGGCCGGGGCCGGCGCGUAUGCGCAAGCAGACGAGGUUGACGUGCUCGUCGUCGGCGGUGGUGCAACCGGAGCCUAUGCUGCCGUACGACUUCGGGAGGACUACAACAAGACCGUCUUGGUUGUUGAGAAGGCCAACAGACUGGGUGGUCACGUUCACGCUUACUCCUCAGGAAGUGGUCGACCGGUGAACUACGGAGUUCAGGCAUAUCUGAAUCGGCAAACAACCGCGGACUUCUUCAAACGUUUCGAUCUGGAUCUGAUCAACCCGGAUAUUACGGAUUAUCUUGACCUUUUGCUCUUGACGAAGAACGUUGACUUCAAUACGGGUCUUCCCGUCGACGUCGACUAUGGCCCAGUGGACCUGCUUGGCAUUCCUAUUGCUCUUCUCAAGUACCUAGCCUUGGCCAUCGAAUAUCAACCCUGGUUUGAGAACGGCUACUUCCAGACCGGCGAUGUCCCUGAAGAUCUGCUGCUGCCCUUCGGCGAAUUCCUGGAGAAACACGACCUCGGAGCUUCCUUAGGAAUUCUGCGAAACCUGCUUUGGCUCUCGGAUGCGAUCAACACUCCCACCUGGUUCGUUAUGGCCGUGGUUGGAAAGCCUCAGAUCGCUGCUUUCGGUCUCGGAAUCACCGGUCCUGCCUUCAAGUGGCCUGAGACUUACUCAUCAGAGACGCUGUUCGACCGGGUACUGACUCUGCUGGGCGACGAUGUUUUGCUUGAGUCUACUGUCGCCUCGAGCCAACGCACCGACAGUGGCGUUACUGUUACGGUCCAAACACCAUCAGGCCAAAGAACAGUGCAGGCAAAGAAGUUGCUCAUCGCCGCUACACCUUCGCCGGAUAAUACCGCCCCUUGGGAUCUGGAUGAGACGGAGACAACUCUCUUUAACAAGUUCUCAUGGGAGACGCUCUAUGUCGGCGUUGUGAGCAACACCAGCCUUCCUUCGGAUGUUACUGGUAUCCGGAACUCUCCAGAUAAUUCUUCAGCCUUCUAUCUGCCUGAAGGUUCUUUCUGCGACGCCUUCGAUCGUCAGGGAGACCGAGACCUCUUCGCUACGCGAAUCAUCGGGGAGGCUGGGCUUUCCUCCACCGACGCAGAGGCACUUAUUACGCAAUCUCUCACUACUAUAGACGAGGCAGGCACUUACGAUAUUGGCUCGCCCUCAGUCGUUGCUUUUGCCAACCAUGGAUCGACUGUUCCAAAGGUGUCAGCUGAAGAUCUGUCGGCGGGCUUCUUCAACCAGCUCUAUGCUCUGCAAGGCCAGCGCAGCACGUACUGGACAGGUCUCGCUUGGGCGCCUGAUUACACUCCAAUUCUAUGGGACUUUACGGAGAAGCUGCUUCCGCAGAUAGUCAAUGGUCUUUGA